AUGACAGCCCCAGACAAACCACCAGAAACGGGAAAGCUGACCCGCCGCCCACGGGGCAAACAGGACCAACCGCUUCUUCGCGUUCCAAAUGAACUUGCUCGACGAAACCUCAAAGCUACUCAACGACUUGUCGAACGGGAGAAAGAUUAUCUCUUACCUGCCCUCAAAGAUGCGACCAACGCCGCCAUUGCUAAGACCAAGACACCCGACCAGACCUUAGCUGACCUCGAUGCCAUGAUCGCGCGCAUGAAGGGAUUCAAACAGAAGAUGGAAAAUCUGAAGGAAGAAGAAACGAAAAUACAGACACAGACGCGCAAGCGCAUCGAGCACCUCGAGGCCUUGAACCAUAUUCCGAGCCUGGCCGACGUCAAGUACGAGCAGUGGUCGCGUGUGCGCCUGGAUCGCUUGCUGGUGGACCAUAUGCUGCGUUCGGGAUUUGUGGAGAGCGCGGAAGCGCUGGCAAAGGAGAAUGGAAUCGAGGAUCUCGUUGAUCUCGAUGUUUUCAAACAAUGCCAGCGAAUCUUUGAAUCUCUUCGGAAAGGCGAGACGAAGAGUGCUCUGCAGUGGUGUGCCGAAAACAAGGCAGCGCUAAAGAAAAGCGAGCUGAACCUGGAGUUUGAAUUGCGACUGCAGCAGUACAUCGAGCUUGUUCGAUCACCGGAUCCGGAGAAGAAGAUUGAAGCGAUUGCUUACGCCAGAAAAUGGCUCGUCUCUACCCAGAGUGAACAAAACAAGGACAUUCUGCGAGCUGCUGGAAUGCUUGUUCUGACCCAGGACACAAAGGUGGAGCCUUACAAGACACUCUUUUCGGACGAGCGCUGGGAAUUCUUGGCUCAUCUCUUCCUCAAGACGCAUCAUGAUCUGCUUUCCCUGCCCGUUGAACCGCUCUUGAACAUUGCCCUGUCCGCUGGACUGUCAGCCUUGAAGACACCCUUGUGCCAUUCCGCCUACGCCUCCUCAAGCACGAACUCUGCUUCUACCGCGACUUCUGUGUGCCCGAUUUGCUCGACCGAGCUGAAUGAGCUCGCGCGUGACCUGCCGUACGCGCACCACUCGAAGAGUUAUGUUGCAGGUGAUGCGAUUGUGCUUCCGAAUGGCCGAGUUUACAGCAAGGCCAAAUUGAUGGACAUCAGCCGACAGGCCGGGCUUGCUGAGAAUGGCAAGGUGAAGGAUCCGACUACGGGAGAGAUUUUCGACGAGGACGAGAUGAAGAAGGUUUACAUCAUGUGA